CCUCUUACUGCGCAUACGCGGGCUACUGGUCCUUUACUGGGCCGUCAAAAACCCUGGCUCGUCCGCUAUCCCGGUACCCGGUCAUCCCGUCAUCUGCACUGCACCUUCUGCGACAAUCACCUCUUCCAAUACGAAACACUUGCGGUCGCGAGAGUCUCACGUCUCAGCACAGCCUCAAGCAGCGUUUCCAAAUCAUUUUCAUCCCUUUCUCAUCCCCUUUUCGUGCUUCGCUCAACCGCUCGCUUCUCUCCACGCGACCCUUUGCCCUCAGGAUUCCUGGCCGAGUUCCAGCGUACAUAUGACUCUGCCGUUAUAAGCAGUGCCUUGUCCCACCGAUCGAUUCGGCUAAAUCCUCUUCUAUCGAGCAAUGAGUCAAUCGCUGGGCAUCCAGUACAAUCUAAUAAGAUCCUCAUCGUCUAUAUCCACCAUAUAAUUGCUUCCGUUCAGGGUUGCGUGCCUUGAUUCCACGAAACCCACUCUCCCGGAAGCCGCAUCAACUGUGUGGCGGAUCUAUAAGAAGAAGCAGGACACUGUUAUCUGGGAGACACGGCUCUGUGGUGACACCGUACCGGGAAAAUGCAUACCUUCCGAGUCUCUGAAAGAUGGGUAGCCACCGUUAUCGCGGGGCUGUCGAUGCUAUACUCGACCGCAUACGCCCAGACGAUUACACCCUCGAACAGCUCUCAAGAUCUUUAUCCGGCGUCGACGUCACCCAGAUUCAUUAUGAAUGGCACCGAGUUCCCAGACAUACCGCCUGUCCGAUUGGCCCCCUUGGGAGUGUACGCAGAAAUGUCACACGAUAACUUCCUUCAGGUCGAUGUCGACGGACACCUGGUCAACGUCGAUGCAAGCAACGCCAACGACGUCGCUGAUGUCGAGCAAUUCUCCUACCUGUCUUGUGACCCGGAAGCAUAUAGCGGUGGCAACCUGGAUGCCAGUGCCAUAUUCCGCAUCGUGGUGAAUUCACCUCGAGCCAACAUCGUCAUCCUUUACAGUGAAACAAGCGAUCACUGCGCGGCAACCGGCCUCGGCAACCUCCCCACGAUUGGCGGCAUCCUUACUACAACAGACACAAUGACAGCAAGCAGCCUGGCCCAACUGGCCCUCAACCAAGCCAGUACCGGCACGGCUAGCAUUCUCCCCGACCUGAAUUCUUAUACCAACUCUUCAAGCGGCGGUUGGAACGGGAGUAGUUCUCUCGGCCAAUCGCCAACGACAGCAGUCGCCAUGAUCAUCCUAUAUUCCAUCACGGGUGUCAUCACCGCCCUCUUCGUGGUGAUCAUCGUGACCGGCGCCAUCCGUGCACAUCGACACCCCGAGCGCUACGGGCCCCGCAACAUCGUCGGACGAGGCCGGCAAAGUCGCGCAAAGGGCGUCGCCCGCGCCAUGCUCGAGACCCUUCCCAUUGUCAAGUUCGGCGACCACGAGGACCUUCCCAAGAAACAACCCGCCGACAUCGAAAUGAACGCUGCAGCCGGAACCACUUCCCCCGCAACGAACACCGUCGACACAGACACCACCAUGGUCGCCGGCGCCGGUACAGACAGCCUCAGCACAACAGACAGCAACACCGGCGGGGACCGAACAGCAGCACAAGCCAUCAUCGCGACGAACAACCCCGACGGUACCGACGCGGAAGGACACCUCGGCUGCUCCAUCUGCACCGAAGACUUCACCAAGGGCGAAGAAGUCCGCGUGCUGCCGUGUAACCACAAAUUCCAUCCAGACUGCGUCGACCCCUGGCUUCUCAAUGUCAGUGGCACAUGUCCGCUAUGUCGGAUCGAUUUGAGACCGCAAGGCGAAGCCGCAGACCCUCAAGCAUUAGGUCAGGCUCAAGCUCAAGUGCAGGCCCAACGGAGCAAUUCCGACGCCACCAUGUCGGCCGGUCACGAUGGCACUUUGCCCCCGCCGCUGGCAAGCGCUGGUGGUGGUAGCUCCGGUGAAGAAGGCACACACCGUGGCGGACGCAGGGAAACGAUUGCCAACCUACGCCGCCUCGCGCACGGGUCCAGAGAAGAUCGGAUCGCUGCGCUGCGGCGGUUCAGGCAGGAAGGGCUAUCCUCGAAUACGCAUCGACAAUCGGAUGAAGAGCGAUCCGGUCUGACGAGGCGGUUUAGAGAGAGAUUUAGGAUUCAUACGGAGCGGAGGGGGACAGCAGCGAAUGAACAGCAACAGCAGUAGCAGUAACACAGGCCGGGCCUCGGAAUCUACGUUGGGUAUGGUAAUGCGAUGUUUAUGACUCUUUAUUUCGACAACCGGACUGGCGUUUGUCACAAAACUUUGGAACGAUUUCUCUUGGGAUAUGUGCGAACUCGGGCAUUCGCACCGGAUGGGUGGAACAUGGGAAUUUUGUAUAUGGACAAAGGACAUGUGUACUUCAGGUCGAUGUAUGCCAGAUACCACGGGAUAUUUGUUGUCUGGAAUUGAUCAGCAUUACACGUUUUAGGAUAAGCUAAUCUUUCCGGAUAUUGCGAAAAGGCAAUGGUAUUCUCUGAGCUGUUCACCACUCUUCUAUUCCGGUCGUGGCUUACAACCUGAGCAAGACAUCAUCAGUACUACAUUGUCAUGCGUCAUCACAUCCAAGUACAUAGCAUGUAUCCUCACUAUGAUCUGUC